ACUGGCUGUUGAGGGAUGGUGGCCUGCCAGCGGCCCGGCAGGAGAGGCAGGAGGGCUUUAUUUCCAUUACAGUCAUCCCUGAUAAAGGAAGCAGCUCUUCAAGCACAGCCAGUACAGCAGUCGGCACGUCAGCGUCGGCACGACCCCUGGCUUGCUAGCGUGAGGGCUGGCUGGGCUCCUUGGGUAACUGCCGGCUCCGAUGUCUCUGGGCGGCUGCUCUCAGAGCGUGCACAUACCUUGCAGAAUGCUGAGAAGGUGUCCUCCCUGGGCAAGGACUGGCACAAGUUCUGCCUGAAGUGUGAGCGCUGUAACAAGACCCUGACCCCAGGUGGGCACGCCGAGCACGAUGGGAAGCCCUUCUGCCACAAGCCUUGCUACGCCACGCUGUUUGGCCCCAAAGGGGUGAACAUUGGUGGUGCCGGGUCCUACAUCUAUGAGAAGCCGCAGAUCGAAGGGCAGACCGCUCCGGGGCCCAUUGAACACCCAGCGAAGGUGGAGGAGAGAAAGGUGAACACCGCGCCUCCCAAGGGACCCAGCAAAGCCUCCAGCGUCACCACCUUCACUGGGGAGCCCAACAUGUGCCCACGCUGUGGCAAGAGAGUCUACUUUGCCGAGAAGGUGACUUCACUGGGGAAGGACUGGCACCGGCCCUGCCUACGCUGCGAGCGCUGCAGCAAGACGCUGACCCCAGGGGGCCACGCCGAGCAUGAUGGACAGCCGUACUGCCAUAAGCCCUGCUACGGGAUCCUCUUUGGGCCAAAGGGUGUCAACACCGGAGCUGUGGGAAGCUACAUCUAUGACAAAGACCCUGAGGCGAAGAACCAGCCCUAGAUGGCAUCCCCCUGCCCGCCUGCUCUGUGCCCCUGUACUAGCCUCCUGCUCGCAGCUGGAGCAGACCCUCGCCAGGCUGGCCACGGAGCUGUGCUCUCUCUGCUGUCUCUACUCUGGGCAGGACGGCCCUGCCCAGCGGUUUAUAUAUUAUAGUCUUUAAUAUAAGCUUUAAUAUAAGCUUCAGUGUUUAAAAGCAAAAGUAGAAGGUGUCUCUGGUGGUUCCCAAUGCGCUCUGCCCUCACCAGCCCUCCCACCAGCCCCCUAAGUGCGGGAGGCAGCAGGGUGGGUGUGGGGAUGUCACCUUGCACAGGGGACAGUGGGUGGCACCCGAGGAGCUGAAAGUGGGGGGGAGGUGGUGGCAGGAGUCCCACCAUGGGAAGGUGCUCCCCACUGCCCCCCGCAUGGAGGACGAUGGAGCUGGGCAGGCAUCCUGUGGCACUUGGGCCGGUGGUCAGGGUGCCCAGCGCUGUUCCUCACCAGCCACUGGGGAUGUGUGGGUCCCCUGAGGGCUCUGGCCCACCUGGCAGCACUGCCCUUCUCCUGGCCCUUCCCAGGCUCCCCGCCCCGGCUUUCACUCUCCCCGGGGCUUGCAGCCAACCCCAGCCACCAUUGGGGUUGCAGGGUUGCAGAGCUGGGCGGGCAGCUGGUAGCCGCAGCCCCUGGGCAGUGGGCUGCUUCCUGCCUUCGGAGGGCAGAGCGCAUUGGGCUGGCUGCUCUGUGGUGGGACGCCUGCCCCCUUCCCAGAGCCGGAGGUUUCUCGUUGUGGUUGUUUAUUUAUAAGCAGUUGUAAAUGUGCCCCUUGCUUUGGAGACUGACACACGCCCACCAGUCUCACCCGUCCCCCCUGUGUACACCCAGCCCCACUGCUGCCCAGGAGGCUCGGGAGGGAGCCAGUGCAGGGGACCUGCCAGGGCAGUGAGCCCUGGGGUGCCAGCACCCUCCUCUCUCCUGGCUCCCUGCACCACUGCAGGGCUGACUUUUGUUAUUUGCUGACAAUAAAGGUUUUGAGAGA